ACGCGCACACACAUUCCUCGCUGUCCUUCCUCUCCCGGUGUCUCUCCUCGCUUGUCUCUCUCUCUCUAAACCCUAGAAAGAGAAAUCAAUACGAAUAAUUCCAUCACGGAAUCUUCUUCUCCUGGGGUUUAGAUUUUUAUUCGCCCUUCGUUUCUCCGUCCUUGUUUUGUGGCUAUAGAAUUGCGGGAUGGAUCUCCCGAGUUUGGCUUUGAUCCUGCAGGGUGCACUCAGCACCAAUCCUGACCAACGGAGGGCCGCUGAAGAGAGUCUCAAUCAGAUUCAGUAUGCGCCGCAGCAUUUAGUGAGGCUGUUGCAGAUCAUAGUAGAAGUCAGCUGCGAUAUAGCGGUUAGACAAGUCGCUAGCAUUACCUUCAAGAAUUUCAUUGCUAAAAAUUGGGUUUCUCAUGAAGCAGGCCAACAAUCAAGGAUCUUGCCUGAGGACAAGGAAGUUGUGAGACAGAACAUACUGAACUUUAUUGCUCAGGUUCCACCAAUUUUAAGAGCACAGCUGGGUGAGUGCUUGAAAACAAUUGUACAUGCAGAUUACCCAGAACAAUGGCCAGCUCUUUUGCACUGGGUGAAGCAUAAUUUGCAGGAUCAGCAAGUUUAUGGAGCUUUGUUUGUGCUUAGGAUUCUCUCCAGGAAAUACGAGUUUAAAUCAGAUGACGAGAGAUUACCAGUUAAUCACAUUGUGGAAGAAACAUUUCCCAAUCUCCUUAAUAUAUUUAACCGGCUCGUUCAGGUUGCUAACCCCUCGAUUGAAGUAGCAGAUUUGAUCAAGCUGAUUUGCAAAAUAUUUUGGUCAUCUAUCUAUUUGGAGAUCCCAAAGCAGUUAUUUGAUCCAAAUGUAUUCAAUGGCUGGAUGAUUCUUUUCUUGAAUAUAUUGGAGAGGCCUGUCCCUGCAGAAGGACAACCUGAAGAUCCCGAGCUACGAAAAACAUGGGGAUGGUGGAAAGUAAAGAAGUGGACUGUUCACAUAUUAAACCGCCUUUACACUCGGUUUGGGGAUGUAAAACUUCAAAACCCAGAAAACAAAGCUUUUGCCCAAAUGUUCCAGAAGAAUUAUGCAGGGAAGAUUUUGGAGUGCCAUCUAAAUUUGUUAAAUGUGAUCCGUGUUGGAGGCUAUUUGCCUGACAGAGUUAUCAAUCUUAUCUUGCAAUAUCUUAGCAAUAGUAUCUCGAAAAGUAAUAUGUAUAGUCAGCUGCAACCAAGACUUGAUGUUGUUCUUUUCGAGAUCAUAUUUCCCCUGAUGUGCUUCAGUGACAACGAUCAAAGGCUCUGGGAUGAAGACCCCCAUGAGUAUGUGAGGAAAGGAUAUGACAUAAUUGAGGAUUUAUACAGUCCUAGAACUGCUGCAAUGGAUUUCGUCAGUGAGUUGGUAAGGAAACGUCAAAAGGAGAAUCUUCAAAAGUUCUUAUUGUUUAUUGUAGAGGUUUUUAAGAGAUAUGAUGAGGCAGCACCAGAAUAUAAGUCCUUCAGACAGAAAGAUGGUGCUCUUCUUGCUAUUGGAGCUUUGUGUGACAAACUAAAGCAAACAGAACCAUACAAAUCUGAGCUGGAGCGUAUGCUUGUACAGCAUGUUUUCCCCGAGUUUAGCAGUCCUGUAGGGCAUCUUAGAGCUGCAUGGGUUGCAGGACAAUAUGCAUACAUCAAUUUUUCCGACCCAAACAACUUCCGAAGAGCAUUACACAGCGUUGUUGCUGGGAUGCGUGACCCGGAACUUCCUGUUCGUGUUGAUUCUGUCUUUGCCCUGCGAUCUUUUGUGGAAGCCUGCAGUGACUUGGGUGAGAUCCGCCCAAUUCUUCCACAACUACUUGAUGAGUUUUUUAAACUUAUGAAUGAGGUUGAGAAUGAAGAUCUUGUGUUUACACUCGAGACAAUAGUUGAUAAGUUUGGAGAGGAGAUGGCUCCAUAUGCCCUUGGGCUAUGCCAAAACUUGGCUGCUGCAUUUUGGAAAUGCAUGAAUACCGCCGAGGCAGAUGAGGAAGGUGAUGAUCCUGGUGCUUUGGCUGCUGUUGGUUGCUUGCGUGCCAUAAGCACAAUCCUCGAGUCGGUCAAUAGCUUGCCUGAUCUAUUUAUUCACAUUGAGCCUACUUUACUGCCAAUAAUGCGCAGAAUGCUGACUACUGAUGGACAAGAGGUCUUUGAGGAAGUUUUGGAGAUAGUGUCAUAUAUGACUUUCUUCUCACCUACUAUAUCACUCGAGAUGUGGAGCCUUUGGCCAUUGAUGAUGGAAGCGCUGGCUGAUUGGGCCAUUGAUUUUUUCCCAAAUAUCUUAGUUCCAUUAGAUAACUACAUAUCAAGAAGUACAGCACAUUUUCUCACAUGCAAGGAACCGGAUUACCAGCAAAGCCUUUGGAACAUGAUUUCAUCUGUCAUGGGUGAUAAAAAUCUGGAAGACGGUGAUAUUGAGCCAGCACCUAAGCUCAUUCAAGUAUUAUUCCAGAACUGCAGAGGUCAGGUUGAUCACUGGGUUGAGCCUUACUUGAGAAUAAGUGUGGAGCGCUUGCGUCGUACUGACAAGCCUUACUUGAAAUGCCUAUUGAUGGAAGUGGUUGCUGAUGCUUUGUACUAUAAUGCAUCAUUGACCCUCAACAUACUGCAAAAGCUUAAUGUUGCCACCGAAGUUUUCAAUCUCUGGUUCCAGAUGUUGCAACAAACAAAGAAAAGUGGAGCACGAGCUAAUUUUAAAAGAGAACACGAUAAAAAGGUAUGCUGUUUGGGAUUGACAUCAUUGCUUCCUCUUCCUGCUGAUCAGCUACCAGGAGAAGCAUUGGAACGUGUUUUUAAGUCUACUCUUGAUCUGCUUGUUGCGUAUAAGGAUCAAGUAGCAGAGGCUGCUAAGGAGGAGGAAGAAGAUGGUGACGAAGAAGAUGAUGAUAUGAGCAAUUUUCAAAGUGAUGAUGAGGAAGAUGGUGAUGAUACCGACAAAGAGAUGGGGGUUGAUGCUGAGGAUGGUGACGAAGCUGAGAGCCUUAAACUUCAGAAGUUGGCUGCCAGGGCUAAGGCUUUCCGUAGCACUGAAUUUGAUGAUGAAGAUUCAGAUGAUGAUUUCAGUGAUGACGAAGAAUUGCAAUCACCAAUUGAUGAUGUUGACCCUUUCAUUUUCUUUGUGGAUACUAUCAAAGUCCUGCAAGCAUCGGAUCCCUUGAGGUUCCAGAACAUUAGCCAAACACUUGAUUUUCAUUAUCAGGCUCUUGCAAAUGGUGUUGCGCAGCAUGCUGAACUAAGAAGGGUGGAGAUUGAAAAGAAAAAAUUGGAGAAGGCUACAGGUGCAGUUGCUGCUGCUUCAUGAUAGUCGUCGGAUCCCUCUGAAUUUUUUGGUCAGUCACAAUGUUGAAGGAAGCUGAUGGUCGUCCAAUUUCCUAUUUUCUGGGGUUGCUCAAUUGUGGCUCUUGGGGUCUAUGAUUAUGUGGUCAAUCAGGUUCUAGCAUUUCCCAAGGUAUCUAUCUCAAUGGGGCCUCGGAUCCUGGCAUCGAUUAGCUAGGUGCCGUUUUGGUAAAUGAUUGUCUUGUGAAUUGGUUCUUCUACAUCAGAAGGUUCCAAUUGCCUGCCUGUUGGUCCUUGCAGGUGUCCAUUUGUACCAUUCUUAUACAAAUGACAGUUUCUCGUCAAGGUAAAAAAAAAAGUUCAUACUUUUGAAAUCCUUUCUGUUUUGGUUCGGCAGGUAGAGUGAAAUGCAUAUGCAUCCUCAGUCGUGUCUUGAUAGGUAGUCGGUUGCUGUACUUUGUAUUUUUUUUGGAUGGGUCGCGUCCUAAAAUUUUUGUCUCUGGAUGUUGUUGUGCCUAUUUAUUUUUUCCAGCGUUGGUCUGUCUAGUUGAGAGGUUCUGAUCUUUCGCGAGGUGCAGUGCAUAGCUGAAUUUUCUGCGGAAUGUAAACCGACUGUAUUCUUUUCACCUGUGUCGUCACUUUUGGGAGAGAAAAAAAUAUUCAAUUUAUUCUCGCCGUUUGUACCUCGUCUCUCUUGCUUUCGCUUUGUUUUUUGCUCGUGGUUGUCCAUCUUUAUUCAUUUGUUUGUAAUUAAAGUACUUAUUCAGCUCAACAAUAAACGUAUUGAUUGUGUUUUUCA